AAGUAGAAGUUAGUUUUUGUUUUAUUAUUAUUUAUGUUGAGCUGAUCGUAAAAUGUUAUUAGUUUGUAUUUGAAUAAUUUGCCCCCAAUUGAAAGUCGCACUUUUUCUUCAUUAGACCUUGACAAGUUUCAUGCCUUAAGUGCGAAUUCAUAUCAAAGUCUAUUAUACUCUUUUGAUGAUGAAAUCUGGAUUUAUUAAAGUUGAACUGAACAAAACUAUAUGGGAGGUGCCUGAAAGGUAUCAAAACCUUGCACCUGUGGGGUCAGGAGCUUACGGUCAAGUAUGUUCAUCUUUAGAUACUCAACGCAAUUUUAAGGUUGCAAUUAAAAAGCUGGCCCGACCAUUUCAAUCCAAGAUUCAUGCAAAAAGAACAUAUAGAGAGCUAAGACUAUUAAAACAUAUGAAUCAUGAAAAUGUUAUAGGUUUAUUAGAUGUUUUUACUCCAUCCACAACAUUAGAUGAUUUUCAAGAUGUUUACUUAGUUACUCAUUUGAUGGGAGCUGAUCUCAAUAACAUUAUUAAAACCCAGAGGUUAAGCAAUGAUCAUGUCCAGUUUCUUGUUUAUCAAAUAUUGAGAGGUUUAAAAUAUAUCCAUUCAGCAGGCAUAAUUCACAGAGAUUUAAAACCAAGCAAUAUUGCUGUGAAUGAAGAUUGUGAGUUAAAGAUAUUGGAUUUUGGACUUGCCCGUCAUGCAGAAGUUGAGAUGACUGGCUAUGUUGCUACUAGGUGGUACAGAGCACCAGAAAUAAUGUUGAACUGGAUGCAUUAUAAUCAAACAGUUGAUAUCUGGUCUGUUGGUUGUAUUAUGGCGGAACUUUUAACAUCAAAAACUCUUUUUCCUGGAACUGAUCAUAUUGAUCAGUUAACACGCAUUAUGGUUUUGUGUGGUAAACCAGAUGAAGAGUUCCUAAAUAAAAUAAACAGUGAAGAGGCAAGAAAUUAUAUACGCUCAUUGCCUGUCAUGAAAAAAAGAAAUUUCAAGGAUGUUUUUGCUGGUGCUCACCCUGAUGCAAUUAAUCUUUUGGAAAGAAUGUUGGAACUAGAUGCGGAUAAAAGACCAACAGCCACAGAAGCUUUAGCCCAUCCCUAUCUAACGCAAUAUGCUGAUCCAUCAGAUGAGCCGAUUGCAGAGCCUUAUGAUGAAUCUUUUGAAGACAAAGAUUUUGAAGUUGCAGAGUGGAGGAGACUUGUUUAUGAAGAGGUUCAGACAUUUAAACCUCCCAUAAUUGAAUGAAGCAAUGAUCUCUUAUUGUUGAUGGAUAGUUACUCUUUUAAUCAUCAUUGAUCAAUGUCAGAUUUUGUACAUUUGUUAAUAAGAAAAUAAAUCUGUGCGUGUUUGUCACCUCUCAUAUUCAAAGACCAACAGACUUGCGUGUGCAUGCCUUUUUAGAUGAGCUUCAGAUAUUGUUGAAAAAUUUCCAAAAAUAUAAACUGUUGUAAAUUUUGUUUCAUGAAAUAUCUAAAGUCUAUGUUUCUUAAACAAAACAGAAUUUACUUUAUUCAAUAUUUUAAAUAUGCAUACAUUUAUCUUGAAAUAAAUUUCUUGUGUUUUACAACUUAUUACACGUUAUAAUAUAAUACUGUUAAUACUCUAUAGUAUAUACACAUUGUAAGUAUUGGAUUUAGGAUUGACAUGAGCAUUAGGGUUCUAAACCGAUCAAACACUAUUGUAAUAUAGUUUAAAAGUGAAAAAUGCUAAAUAAUUAAGAAAAAAAAGUAAAACUAUAAUAAGAAAAUAUAAACUUAUUUUUGCUACAACCACUGCUUUUGUUUUAAUUAUUCAAAAAACAAUUACAAAGUUUCUUAUUAUUUUUUAUUGAAUUUAUAUUAUAUAUCUGUAGAAUUUUAUAAUUUAUGAAUAUAAUUUUAGAAGUGCAAUUAAUUGUGGGGUUUCGAAUGAUAAACUUAUAAUUAAAAGUAAAAUAUGUAGAAAAUAUAGUUAGACACUAAAAGUUAUAAAGUAUUUAAUUAUUAUAGUUAAAUCAAGCAUUUAUUAAACUGAAAUUUAAAAAAGCAAAUUGUGUUUUUGAAUUUAAAUAAUAAAUCUGUAGAAUUUAUAUAAUAAAUCUGUAGAAUUUUAUAAUUUAUGAAUAUAGUUUUAGAAGUACAAUUAAUUGUGGGGUUCCGAAUGAUAAGCUUAUAAUUAAAAGUAAAAUAUGCAUAAAAUAUAGUUAGACACUAACAGUUAUAAAGUAUUUAAUUAUUAUAGUUAAAUCAAACAUUUAUUAAACUGAAAUUUAAAAAAGCAAAUUGUGUUUUUGAAUUUAAACGUUGUUAAGUCUUCCUAACUUUUCCUCUUUUGUUCGCUUUCUAAAACAAGCUAGAUAACAAAAGUUAUUUCGUCAUAAAUCCCUUUUUUUUUAAUUGAUAGAAAAGUGAAAAAACAAAUUCAUUUAAUUAAAAGUUGAUAUUAUAUUUUUUUAUAUGAUUGUUGUUAUCUGAAAAAAAAAUUUGCUAAACUUGUGCUAACAAUAGUGAAAAAAAAAUUACUGCUACUUUUUGCUAUGUCUCUUUAAUUAAACUAAUUUAAUAUAUAAAUCUUAAUUAAUGUACUAUUUAUUUCAUCUAAUAUAUUCAGUAGAAUUUAUCUAGCAUUAGAAUUGUGUUUGAUACUACUAACUUCUGUUUAUUGUGUUAUUUAAACCCCUCCUUGCAAAAUAUAACUUAUCUGAAACAGUAGCAAAUAUAAUUUUUAUUUAAAAAUAUGUAUAAUUAAGUCUGAAAUUUUAUCGAGCUUCUUAAAUUGAUUUAGAUUUGCUUAUUUCUUGUGCCAAAAUGUAUGGAAAUUAUAAAUUACUUUUGUCUUUUUUUCAUACUCCAAAUAUAAAGACAUAAAUUUCAUUUACAGUAACAUGACCAUGACAUUAAUUCUAGCUCUUGCUGAAUGAAUCUGUUUUGUUAUAAGUGUUAUGAUUCUUCUUAUAGUUAAAAGUAUAGAACUCAAAAGUUACACAUUAGAAAUAGCUUAGCCUGUGCCUUAUGUAAACUGUUUUGUCAAAAUAAGUAAUAUGAUUCUUCCUAUAGAUGAAAGUAUAGAACUCAAAGUUUCACAAUAGAAAUUGCUUAGCCUGUGCCUUAUGUAACCAUCUUAAAUUUGAUCCUUUUUGUAAAUACUUUUAAUAAAAAUUUUAAUAAUAUUAAUUGAUAUUGAAAUGUUUCCAGAUAAUGAGACUCAUACUAAAGAUACCUCAUAUUUUCGGUACAAUUUUAUGUUUAUGUUCAGGACUUUGUCAUUUUCUUUACCUUUGUCUGAAUAUUUUUUUUUAAAAUUCUGUUCAUUUAAUUGUGAAAUUAAAAAAAAAGUUUUAAAAUAAAUGUAAAGCAUCUUUUAUAACUGUAAAUGUAAAAUUCUGUCAUGAUUUAUUAGUUCAUGACAGCAGAAAGGACGAAUUUCUUUUGCUUUGUAUUGGAAGAUGGUCUACUGCAAAAAAAUUUCGAAAUUUUUCCAGGCAUAGUCACUCCAGAAGUUCUGAUAUCUAACUGUUUGUUUCAUGCUAUUGCAAUAGAUUAUUAUUUUAUUAAUUAGUUUUAAAGUAUUCAAUCAUAAUAGUCUUAUUGAUGCAAGUUGAUAUAAUAAAAAUUGUUUUUCUCGCAGUCGCUUUUAAAUCUUAAUCACAUCUGCCUUUUUCCUGUUAGUGUUUCGAGCUUAUAAUUUACUACAGUCAUUUAUCAAUUAGUACAUACUGCUAUGGAGAACCAGCUAUCUUGCUUAUUAUUGUUAAUGUGCCAGAAAUUCCAAAUUGAGACAUAACAUAUUCUUUUAUUGUGUGUGUAGUUGUCAUUACCUACAUGUUUUGAUUUUUUUUUAUUAAAAAGUAUUUAUAGUAAGUGUUUUUAAAAAUAUAUCUAUUUGAAUUUUGCGAUUCUUGAGCAAAAAUUUUGUUUUUUUAAGCUUAGCUAGAGUUCCAAAAUAGUAUUUCUCAACCUGAUUUACUCAAUUAACCUGUAAAAUAUUUAAGUGCUGCUUCGCAGACCGAUCAGAAUUCUUAUUUGGGCUAUUGGCAUAAUUUUUUCUCACACAAAAUUGUGUCACUUAGGCAAUUUUUGGAUUAUUUAAAUCAAUUCUGAUCAAUUAAAAAUAUUUUGAACCUUAACUUAUUUAAAUUAUUUGUUUAGUGUUUAAAUAGUUAUUUCUUAUUAGUUAGAUUAUUUCCUGUUUUAUUUGUAAUUUUCUUGAGUUUUCUAAGAUCUAAUAACAUUAAAGUUAUAUUUUAUUAAGGGGAAAUUAAUAUGUUAUUUUUGCCCUUCUUCUACAUCUCAUAUCUGAAAAGUUAUAGUUACUGAUACUUAUAAAUUGUCUUGUCAUUGUUUUUUUAAAUUUUUUUUAAUCACAAACUGAUACUUCAAAUUCUAAUUUAAGAUUAUUAGGUAAUAAGCUAUAUUGCUUAUAUCAAAUUAAAUAUUUUAUUACAUUAGUUAAUAUACUAUCUUUCAGUCAGUUUUGAGUAUCUGUAUGAAUCGUAAUUAUUCAGGUGUCAUUAUUUAUGCAGUAUCCGUCCGAUUGUGUUGCCAACUUAGAAUAAUCUCAAGCGCACAUUUUUAAAUUUAGAUUUAGUACUCUGCAGAAGCUUGUGCAAAAUGUUUAAAGGUUACUUCAGAAAUUAUUGUUAAUGCUGCCUACAUGUGUCCUGUAAUUUUCCAUCGUUCAUCAAAGGCUUAAAUUUAAAACUUUUUUAUAUUUUGUUUUCCACUGUUCAUAUUUAUUAAAUACUGUGUUAUUGUAAAAUCCAUCAUUCUUUCUCCAUUGUAACUGAUUUCUUAUUGCUAACAACUUCUCAAUAAUUCAAAUUUAGAAAAGAAUAUAAUUCAUUAAUGCUUGUUCUCAAACAAGGAUUGUUUUAAUUGAAAUUCAAUUUUCAUAUUUGAAGUAUUUCUUAAAUUAGAAUGUACAGGUUAUGUAAUCCUAAAAUUAAUGCUUAGUUCUUUUUGCGUUAAUUUAGCGAAAUAAAUCUCGCAAUGCAUACUCACCGCAUAAAUAUAUAUUUGCAAAAACAUUUUGUUCCUGAUGAUAGCAAUGAUAAGCUCAACGUAAAUAAAUCAUUGUUAGGUUUAAAAUUUAAAAAAAAUAGUGUUUGAAAUUUUCUAAAGUAUUAUUUUUUAUUAUAAUUAUAUAAAUAAAAAAAAUACAAAGUGUUUGGAUGCCUGCAAUAUAUUAUUACAAUAUUUAUGAUACUAGUAUGAAAUACAAGCAUACUAUAUUAAUCAAAUGCUCAGAAAAGAGGGUAUUUUAUGAGAUAUUAUAGAAAAAUAUAAAAUCAUCUAUGAAUAAAUGUAUGACUAAAUUGGUUAAUUAGAUUUUUUUGGUUUAUAAUUAUGGUUAGCUAGUCUUAGCCUGUUAAGUUAGAAUGUGUAUUCUGUUUGAAUAGAAUUGAAAAUUUUUAAAUGAAGUUUGAAUUGUGCAAUUAUAAGAAGAAAAAUUUAUGAACAUUUGUGAGUAAUCUUCAAUUAAAAUAUCAUGUCUUGUCCAUGUGGAAGGUUGAUAGAAUGGAUAUAUUUGAAUUAAUAACCAUGAUUAAGCAUAGUAUGUUAAGUUUCAAUGCUUAGGCCAUGGUUGUAGUUAAGUGUGUGCAAUAAUUAUGUGAAAGUUAAUGAAGAUUGCUUGAAUGAGAAUAAAAUUUUGAAAAAUAAAUUCUUUCUUAAUUUAAGACAUUGUACGAUUGUUGAUUUUUGAGAAAUUUACCUUUGCUUAUAAAACUAUUAUCGUCAUUGAUAAUAUGACUGUGUUAAUUAUUUAAAAUAUUUGCUUUUAUUAAUAUUUUUCCACUAAUCAUUUUUUCUUUGUAUUUAAAUGUGUUUUUGCUUUUUUUAUAGUUAGUGUUGGUUAUUUAAUAAAAUCACCUUUUUGGUUGUAUUGUAUGUACUUUGCAGUCUAACCCCAGAUUUUUGUUGUUUGCUGUAAAGCUGCACAAGUUUCAUGAAAUUAUGUACUGGUUUUAUCUUAAUAAACCUUGUUUAUUAUAUUGCUUUUUAAAUUGUAGAAAGGGUUUUUCCUUAUUCACAUAUUUAAUGAAAUUUUAACUUGAUUUUUAGCUUUCUGUAAUGUAUUCUUUUAGUUUUGUUGAUAACUGUAAAAUGUUUUACUUUUUUAUGAGCUACACAAAAUAUUGAAUAUGAUGAGGUAUGAUUUUUUGUUUUCAUUUACUAGGAACUUAUCCUUCAAUAUUUUAUAAAAUUUUGUAAUGUUUUAUAAAAUAUUUUUAGGCAUCGCUCAUUUUAUUAAUAAAUAUUUUUUUUUUAAAUUUUUAGUUUAUGAAAUUUUAAUUUGAUAUUUCACUACUUGGUUGUGUGUACUUAAGUUAUAUGCUAUACAUUUUGACUUAUAGUGGCAAAACUAUUUUAGUGUUUACUGAACUGCAUUAAAAAUUGAUUAUGCAAACUAUUUAAAUACUAUGCAGGCAUAUAAUUAUAUAUUAAUAUUUCCUUCUACAUUAUUAUAUUUUUUAAAUUUAGUUAAUGAAAAUUAAAUUUUAUUUUAGCCUUUUGGCUAUACGUACUUCGAUUAAAUAUCACACAGUUCAGUACUGCAAAAAUAAUUCAAUAUUUUGUGAGUUGUACUGCAAAAAUUCAAUAUAAUCUUUUUGUUUUAUAUGAUCUUAUUUAUUAUCUCCAAAGAAUUUUGGAUAGUGCUCAUUAUAAUUUCGUUUAAAUUAUUGAAUAUUUUUUAAAAAAAUGGUAUUCUGUAAUCCCUGACCUUAGUGGAUGUUUUUUUUUUUUUUUUAAUUCUUGUCAAAAAUGUAGUUGUAAAAUAUGCAUAUUAGGAGCAAUGGGUAAAUUAUUAUACAAUGAUUUAAGAAAAAAAGCUUAUCGAAACUAGACCAAUAAAAAAGUCGGGAUUGAAAAUGUCAAGAUUUGCUUAGUUAUAGUAAAAAAUAGAAAGGUGAAAGAUAAGAACAUUUCAUUUUAACCAUUCUUCACAUAUUAUAGUGAUUUGUUAAAUUUUGAAUAUAUUAUGUUUUUAUCCUUUCUUGAACAAUGAUUUGAGAUACCCUGAUGUGCAUACUUUUGCUUUAUUUUGACAAGUAUUCUGAAAAAUUCAUAUUAUGGGUGUUUAUAAUGGCUCAAGCAAUGAGUGUGUAAGUUUGGUUUCAUUGUAGAGAAACUUUACUAAUUAUGCCUUAGAAUACGUUGUUGUAUUUUCUUAGACGAUGGCCAAAUAAUCGCUUAUCUGUAUUAAGUAGCUUAUAUUUUCAUAUGAAAUGUUUAUCUAUAAAAUAUUCAUGCUAUGUGAUUUCGAAAAUAAAGUUAUGUAUGAAAUUUGUUUUUCAUUA